AUGGAAGACGUCACGGCCUAUUGCUCCUGGGCUGAUGCGCAACUUCCGGAAGACCAUUCGUUUCUUCGGGCUUUGCCGACUGAAGUUCGGUCACUCAUUCUACAGGCGACUUCACCACAUUACCUCGACAUUCUUGCUGACGUAUCGCGAGACCGACGAUACGCAGAUGCAGUCUUUCCGCUUUACAAACCACUUUUUCCGGAAUUGCUGUCAAGAUGGGACGUCGCGACUUCAUCUUCAAAUCUUGGCGAGAUCAUCUCUACCUUGUCCUGUCUAGCUCGAGUCUUGCCACUUGCUACCUAUCUCCGUUCUCAUGUCAGGUCACUCCUCCGCACAGCUCAGUUACGGCAUCUGCUGUUUGACGUGCAGGACCCCGGCCCUGAGCUCGAGGAUGAUGCGGCACAAUCACUUUUGCUGUCGCUGUUUCGCUUCCUGUCUUACGACCGGGACAUUCUUUCGGGAGCUGUCGCGGCCCUCUUCUUUUCGUCGUUCCUGCAGCACCGGUCCCUCCCACUCAGGUACUUGGCUAUCCAGUGCCUGUGCAUGAUGAUGCAUUUUGCAGAUGCAUAUUCAGAGAAGUUGGUCGAGACGUACAUCGGCAAGCAAGCGAUAUUGGGCGAGUGGGAAGGCAGAAGUAUCGACUAUCGACUCCUAAAGCUUUGGGAAGAGAGAAGAUGGAAAGACCUGGCGAAGGCAGCCACUACAGUCGAAAAGUCCUGGCAAUCGUUAUCCCAAGCUCCUGCAACAACCCGCAAUAUGGGUCAUGUUGACCUCUCGCCGCACACCACCAACAUUGGUGGAGUCCUACAUCCUCGUUCUCCUGAACACACUUCACCCAUAUCAGAAUCAACCUUUGUUCUUACAGCCACGGCAAAACGCAACUUGCAUCAGCUGGGUCAAUGUCUCUUGGAACCUAAACCAAUUUUUAUAUCAGGCCAGGCCAGCUCAGGCAAGACUUCGCUCGUCCAUGAGGUUGCGAGACUCCUCGGUCAACAGGCGUCUAUGAUUACACUGCACCUCAACGAACAAACAGAUGCGAAAAGCCUGCUUGGGAUGCAUACGUCGUCAGCCGAUGGCAACUCCUUUACCUGGCAGCCCGGAGUCUUGACGAAAGCCAUGCGACAGGGAAGGUGGAUCCUGGUAGAAGAUAUUGACAGGGCGCCGGCCGAGGUCAUGGGAGUGCUACGUCCUAUCCUUGAAAAUGGUGAGCUUUUCCUGCCCGGUCGCAAGGAGAAGAUCCGUCCAAAGGCUGGCUUUCGCAUCCUGGCAACGAUGAAGACUGGUCCUCAAUCUUCCUCUGCCACAUCUUCUCGGCACUCCUGGCUACUCAACGCGCGGCUCUGGACCACAGUUGAAACCUCUCCUUACCCACUGGAGGAGGUGGAGUCCCUGCUUCGUGCCCGGUAUCCUUCUGCUGCGGUAUUCACCACAAUGGUUCGACAGGUCCACGAGAGUCUUCUCCGCUUGUAUGACGUCCAUCACUCCCUCAAAGGCCUUCAGACGCGUCAGCCGACGGUGCGAGAUCUGCUCAACUUGUGCAGGAGAAUUGUCCGCAGGUUACGCGCCUAUGGUCCCGUCUCGGAAUCGACUGCGCUUCCAGAACAGAUUAAACUAGACAUCUUCAAGGACGCUGUUGACUGCUACGCGGGCUUUUUGAACAGCGAAGAAUUACACGAACUUGUGGCCGCUAGUAUCGCUACGUCCAUGGACAUCUCUCCGCAACGAAUGCGAUACUACCUGAACGACGAACUCGCAAGCGUAGUCGAGCACAAUCAAGUAGUCCAAGUCGGUCGAAGUACUCUACACCGGAUUUCCAGCCGUCGUCGGCAGCCAAAGAAAGCCGCUUUUGCACUCACCACCUCGGCGGGAAGAACGCUUGGCCGUAUUGCGGCCAGCGCCGAGUGUUCAGAACCUACCCUCCUGGUGGGUGAAACUGGUGUCGGGAAGACUACUCUGGUCCAGCACGUGGCGAGCUUGGUGGGCCAAACACUUACCGUGGUCAAUCUUUCGCAGCAAAGCGAGGCAGGCGAUCUCCUGGGUGGACUGAAGCCUGUGACCACUCGAUCCCUGAUUAUUCCAGUGCUGGAAAAGUUUAAUGCCCUGUUCGAUGACACAUUUUCUACCAAGCGGAAUGAGAGGUUCCAGAUCGCUAUGGCAAAGGCACUCGCCAAGCAGAACUGGUCACGGCUCAUGAUCCUUUGGGAGCAAGCCGUCCAGAUGGCUGCGACCGCGCUCAAAGCUGUUGAAGCCCCCAGCACCGACGGAGUUGCUCAUACAAGCAAGAAGCGAAAGCUCGAAACUCCCAAGUACGAAGUCCUGCGCCAGAGAUGGGCUGACUUCUCUGAGGUCUUGAAACAAGUUCGAUCUGUCGUCGACCGCGGUGACAGGACCCAUGCCUUUGCCUUUGUUGAAGGCAGAUUGGUUCAAGCCGUUCGGGAAGGCCAGUGGGUACUUCUUGACGAGAUCAACUUGGCACCAUCCGAUACGCUUGAUCACAUCAUCGGUCUUCUUCGGAACGGCGAUGAAGGACGACCGACGCUGCUCCUCGCUGAGGCAGGCAAUAUCGAGACAAUUAUUGCCCACCCGAACUUCCGAGUCUUUGCUGCAAUGAAUCCGGCAACGGACGCGGGCAAGAAAGAUCUGCCACCAGGGUUGCGGUCACGGUUUACCGAGAUCUACGUACCAUCCGGCGACGACAACUCAGAAGACUUGACCAAGAUCAUCCAGACUUAUCUAGGCUCUCAGCUCGACAGCGACAGCCGGGCCGCUUUAGACCUUGCAAAUUCUUAUCUCGCGCUCAAGCAGCUCAACGAAGAGCACCAACUGACCGACGGAGCAGGCGAAACCCCCCAUUUCAGCAUCCGGUCGCUGGUCAGAUGUUUGUUAUACGUCUCGCAGCACGGUGCAAGUCUAGGGCUGAGACGAGCCAUGUGGGAAGGGUUUGCGAUGAGCUUCUUCACUGUUUUGAGCAGAGUGUCGGAAGACCUAGCUCUACCUCACCUUGAGAAGCAUCUUCUCUCGAACAUCAAGAACAGGAAGGCUUUCUUUAGUCACCAGCCAAAGAUGCCGCACGGGGGAGAGGACUCCGUUGCCUUCAGACACCACCUUGUCAAAAAGGGUCCAAUGAGUCCCGACGACCAACCACAUUACAUUAGGACCCCAUCAGUCGAGCGCAACCUGCUCAGUUUGGCUCGAGCUGCUUCAAUGGGACGGUUUCCUAUCCUUCUGCAAGGACCGACAUCAGCUGGCAAGACAAGCAUGGUUGAAUACCUCGCAAAGCUAUCAGGCAACAAGUUUGUGAGAAUUAACAACCAUGAACACACAGACCUGCAAGAGUACCUUGGCUCCUACAUCUCUGAUUCUGAGGGCAAGUUAGUGUACCAGGAAGGAGUUCUUGUGCAUGCGUUACGCUUCGGCCACUGGAUCGUGCUUGACGAGCUGAACCUCGCGCCGAGUGACGUACUGGAAGCGCUUAACCGCCUACUUGACGACAAUAGAGAGUUACUCAUACCGGAGUCCCAAGAAAUUGUGCGACCACAUCCGAACUUCAUGCUCUUCGCCACGCAGAACCCGGCUGGCCUUUAUGGUGGACGGAAACGUCUCUCACGAGCCUUUCGAAACCGCUUUCUCGAGAUUCACUUCGACGACAUCCCGGAGAAAGAGUUGGAGGUAAUCCUCCGUGAGAGAAGCCAGAUUGCACCUCCGUUCUGCGCGAAAAUCGUGGCAGUGUACAAGUCUUUGUCCCUUCUCAGACAAUCCUCGCGACUCUUCGAACAGAGAAACAGCUUUGCAACCUUGAGGGACCUGUUUCGGUGGGCUUCAAGAGCUGUGGAUGACUGGCAGUCCUUGGCAUACCACGGCUACAUGCUCCUGGCUGAGCGAGUAAGAGACCCUGCAGAGAGGGCUGUGGUCACACAGACGCUGGAAAAGGAAAUCAAAGUCAAGCUCGAUGAGAACGUUCUGUACGGAAUGACGAAAAUUCCGGAUUCUGUUCGGCAACCUGGCUCACUUGUAUGGACUCCAGCUAUGAGACGAGUAUUCGUGCUGGUCGCUGAAGCGUUGAAGAACAAAGAGCCUGUGCUCCUGGUUGGCGAGACAGGAUGUGGGAAAACCCAGAUCUGUCAGGUGAUCGCGGAAGCGUUUCAGAGACCUUUGGCCAUCUACAACGCGCAUACCAACACCGAGACUGGAGAUCUCAUCGGCUCUCAACGGCCAGUCCGCAACCGCUCGGACCUGGCCUCCGAUGUCUCCGCAAGUUGGCGAGCUCUAGUUCAAUUCGAGGCCGACAACACGAUACCGGCGGAUCUGGAGGUGGACCAGAUCAUCAAAGAAUUCGCAAAGCUGGACAAAGCGAGGUACGACCCUCAUGCGGUGGAGCAGGUUCGAUCCUGCAUUGGCGCAUACCAAUCUCUGUUUGCUUGGAGCGAUGGCAGUCUUGUCAGAGCUAUGAAGAGGGGCGAAUAUUUCCUGCUUGAUGAGAUUUCGCUUGCUGAGGAUUCCGUUCUCGAACGUUUGAACAGCGUUUUAGAGCCCUCGCGAACGAUCCUACUGGCAGAGAAAGGUUCUGUCGAGAACCUGGUCAUUGCCCAUCCGGACUUCCAAUUCUUGGCUACUAUGAAUCCCGGGGGCGACUAUGGGAAGCGAGAGCUGUCGGCAGCGCUGCGGAAUCGAUUGACCGAGAUUUGGGUUCCACCUUUGUCCCGAGAGGCUGAUAUCUUGCCAAUUCUCCAGGAGAAGCUCGACCCAACGAGGCGUCACUUGGCCGAAAAGAUGCUGAACUUCGCCACGUGGUUCCGCGCAGAAUUUCACGGUGUUACGGUUCCAAACAUAGCUCUGCGAGAUCUGCUUGCCUGGGCUGAAUUCGUCAACCUUGCUGGUUCUCUCCCCGAAGACCUGCCAUUCUUACAUGGUGCAUUCAUGGUCUAUAUCGAUUCGAUCGGCGCAAACCCCGCUGGUAUGACUUCGUCAGGGACGACAGACCAAGAUCAGUCCAGACAGAGGUGCCUAGACCGCCUGCAAAACCUGGUGGGCUUGCGAGUCGUCGAACUGUAUCUGCAAACUCCCGAGCUGUCCACCACCGCUGACCGCCUUUGUGUUGGCUCAUUCUGCUUGCCUCGCACCGUUGGUGCCAACCGCGAUGCCCCAGAACUUGUAUUUGACGCCCCAACAACCCUGCGGAACACCAUGAAGGUUGUCCGAGCCCUUCAAAUGACGAGACCUGUUCUUCUGGAAGGCAGUCCUGGUGUUGGCAAGACGGCAAUCGUGACAGCGCUUGCCGAAGCCUGUGGAAAACCUUUCACGCGCAUCAAUCUGUCCGACCAGACCGACCUCAUGGACUUGUUUGGUGCAGAUGUGCCUUCCGGCGAUGACGAGAUGGGAAAGUUCUCAUGGCAAGACGGGCCUCUCCUCAAAGCCAUGCAAUGUGGUGGCUGGGUCUUGCUUGAUGAGAUGAACUUGGCAUCCCAGUCAGUGCUCGAGGGUCUGAACGCUUGUCUAGACCACCGCAGAGAAGUCUACAUCGCAGAGUUGGAUAAGUCUUUUGCCUGCCACCCAGACUUUACGUUGUUCGCCGCUCAAAAUCCUCAUCACCAAGGAGGCGGUCGCAAGGGUCUACCCGCUUCUUUCGUCAACCGAUUCACUGUCGUCUACGCCGACUCGUUUCAACACGAGGAUUUACUGCGCAUCUGCCAAGUACGGUACCCCGAUAUCGACCACGAGCAACUCAACGUACUCAUCAACACUGUCACUAGACUAGAGAACGCCAUAUCUCACAUGUCGGCGUUUGCACAGGGAGGCCCAUGGGAAUUCAAUCUGCGAGAUGUGAAUCGGUGGCUGCGACUCUGCAAAGACCAACCUAGCCUUCCCAUGUCUUAUCACCUGCGGACUAUUCUCAUACAACGUUUCCGCAAUCCUGUUCAGCGGGAAAUAAUACUGAAAGAGGCCGAAGCAGUGUUAGGGAGCAUAACCUCCGAGAGCUUCUACAACAAUAUCUCCAAGACAACUUUUCAAGUAGGCAACGCAUUUCUCUCGCGAGAUAGUGUCCUGCAGAAUAGUCAAUCGCCGAACUCGGCUCUUUUUGUCACACAACUUCCUGCUGCGAAUUCUGUUAUCACGGCCGUCCGGCAGAAUUGGCCUGUUAUCCUUGCCGGUCCCUCCGGUACUGGAAAGACUACGCUGCUUAGACACCUGGCAGCUGCAGCGGGCGUAGAGCUGAUAGAAUUCUCUAUGAAUGGUGAUGUGGACGCCAUGGACCUCGUGGGCGGCUUCGAACAGUACGAUCCGCACCGAGAUGUGACUAUCUUCCAAGACCAAGUCAAAGAAGUUCUGCGACGACGUAUUGCAGCAUCCACCGAGCUUGAGGACAACGGAGAAACACGGGCGCAGCUGCUGAAGAUCUGGACAUACUUCGAAGGUGAUAAUUUGAAGAUCGAGGAUAGUCCAGUGGUGUUGCCUGAGCUUGCUAGACUUCUGCCAGAAGCCGGAGUGUCAUUCAAAAUGUACUCCGAGAGCGUUCGCGUAACUGGUCACCGCGGUUUCCGCUUUGUCUGGAAUGAUGGUGUACUCGUCGAUGCCAUCGAGAAAGGCUCAUGGUUAGUGCUCGAUAACGCCAACCUGUGCAACCCUUCCGUCCUCGACAGACUCAACUCAUUGCUGGAGCCAGAUGGACUGCUUACCAUAAGCGAGCAACAUAAUGGAGGCAACGGCACAAGAGUCGUCAAGCCACACCCAAAUUUCAGGAUCUUCAUGACGAUGGAUCCACGGUAUGGGGAGUUAUCACGAGCGAUGCGAAACCGGUCUGUCGAAAUCUUCUUGCCCGAGGGGCACGAGGUUCAUUGUACCGCCCACCCUGUUCAGUAUCCACUUUCUUCUGCAAUCUGUCGUUUGAGACAUUUGUUCGAAGCGGGCAGUCGAUCACUGCCAUGUCAGGUCAUUGAAGCCACGGUUGACAGCCUCAGUGUUGAUGACAUGGCAAUAACCUCAACUCCUGAUGGUACGCUUCUUGAUAUCCCCGAUAUGAAAGCAUGUCAAGCGGACCUUAGCAUAAGGCAAUCUUUCGAUGCGCAACUAGUGCGUCAGAUAUCUGGUUUCACAGAGGUCUCCACAAGCGCCGAGUGGCCACAACUGGCGAUCCUGAAUGAGCCCCUGGUCUUGCUGAACGGGUAUGUCGACUUUGCCAAGAUCUUCAUACGAUCUUGGUACGUGGUGCGACAAAUGGCCGAGAUUGACUCGAUGUUAAAGAAUGCAUUGAGCCGUGCAGGUACCGUUGCCUUGAAAGAUAGAACGAUCCUUGAGCGGUCAGUUUCUACCACAAGUCGCAAGGAUUUGGGUGCCAUUCCCGACGCUGCUGCCUUUGCUAAGCUACUGGUCUCAUCUAUUGCUACUGCUGUCCGAAGCGCCCUCCACAAUCCGGAGCUGACGGAUUUGGUUGGCGCAUGCGACCGAGUUCUUGCUUUCGCACACCAGAUCCUGGUCCUUUGCAACCAAAGGAACCUUGACACCGCCUACUCCCACGCACACGUGCAGAUUGGGACGCACAUAGCCAAUAACGUUGGACGGACCUUCCCCGAACUGGGUUCAAUUCUUUCAGAUUCCCUUGGAGCUUUAUCCGUUCGUGACCAUGUCCUGACUACGGGCUUCGGGCUCCAGCUCAUGUGGCAUACCUUCCGGCCCAGAACAGCUGCGACGCUGUCUCAGCUCCAUAUCCAGCUUGGCUUGGAAGGCGUCAUUGCGAGGUUUGACCGAAUCUGUCGCUACCUUCCACAACCUAGAAGUUCCUUGUCGACAGUGAGAUCAGACAUGCAGCGUGCUUAUCAGUCAAUUGUCAAGUCGGCGCAACCGGAGAGCUCGUUGAAAGUUCUUGAGGAUGCUGUGACUGACCUGGAAGCCCAGGCAAGACAAGGUUACAAGUUGAAAGGACAAUUCGAGGAUGCGAUGCAGUUUGUUCACAGGGUCAUCACUGUUGAAGAGCAAGAGAACCAGCCAGACCUCGAUUUGCUGACUAUGUUUAUACCAGAACUCGACAAGCCUCUACUCGACAUGGGGGUGGAAGAGCCCGUUCCUAGGGCCUUGACUCGCCUUUCAUCAUUCGGGGCUCCGAUCUUGCUGAGCGGUGGCUGCACUGGGGCAAGACUAGCCCAACAGCUGCUCGCCGUACAAAAACAGCCCCUCGGGAUGCUGAACCAUGCCAAGGAAGAGCUGCAAGUGCUCGCAAGAGUGAUCACCUCCAAUACCGACCUCUUCGGGAACCUGGUUCGACCAAUAGCUGAGAAUCUACGUGUGGUACUAGGAGGCAUGAUGUUCUCGCAUCGUGAUCUUCUGACAGAACAUGCACAAGUCUGCUUGUUUGAGCAGGGCUCAUCUAAUCUUGCUGGCUUGGCUGCUCUUUCGAUUGAGGAUACAGUUAUCCCUGGCAAGGUUCACGAUCCCUUCCGAGACGUAUAUCGAUACCUCCUCCAUCCAGUACUACUGCGUCUCGUUGAGGAUGAUUCCGGUUCCGGCCCUCUGGAGUUCAAAGAGCUGAAGACAUGCCUCGUGGACUUGUCCUUGGCUGGGCUGAUUCUGAUGGUGCCCGACAAGGUGUUUGACCCAGCCAUGGGUCCAACUAUCGCGCACCACCUUCACGAAUGCCGAACUGCUUUGGUUCGGAGCAGGAUUGAAGGCCACCGACAAUUCCAUCGAGAGCUGACCGGGCAAGACACAGCUCUUGUUAUCCGCAUCCUUGAGCGGGAGCUAGUCGAGUUGGGAACCAGUUCGCUCCCACAAGCAGUGCUCAGGCCGAGCAAAGAGAAACACUUCAAGCUUCAAGAGGUCUUCAACGGGAUCGUGCAUGUGAUCUUGCAUCCUGGGGCCACUGGUGCUGCUCCGAGUAUGCAGCCAGGCAGUGCAGAGUGGGUUGCACAGUGGUCUAGUCCACGAGACAGAUCAAACCUGAACAUUAUCGUCGAGCGCCUCGAGAAGGUCGAUCGAAUGUACGACGACUUCGCGAAACCGAUACUGUGGUUCUUGAAAUGCCUGCGCCAGGGACUGGAGCUUGAAGCAGCAGGGGAGCCUAGAGUCAAGGAAAGCGACGCUAUGGAUGAGCUCGUCGUGGCCACCCCGCUGCUGUCUACAGAUUCUGUCGCUUUUCACAAUUGGACCAUCAGUCCAACCUCACCUCCAGACCUCAAAAUGCACUGGCUUUGUUAUAUCCGGCUGAGGAGUGCUCUGGCACGGAAGCCUUGUCGGGUCCCAGUGGAUGACUUCCUCGGAAUCCUUGACAGCUUUUAUUACGAAUGGAAAGAGCGAUUGGCUCGUGACCAAGUUGAAGCUGCGGAAAAGUCUCGAUACUACUCUUAUCGUGGAGAUUCGACCCAGCUCGAAGAGGAGGACGAGCGUGAGAUGAAUGAAAUGUUCCCGAGUUUCGAUAACGACGUGGGACAAGGUGGAGUACGCACGAAUGAGUGGGAUGCGCGUGCCACUGCAGUCAAGCUCAGUGCACUGCACCAGAAGAUCUACUCGGAGCAGAAUGCGCAAGAAACUAUUCAAGCAUUCAUUCUCUCCGCGGUUGAGGCCCUAUCCAAAAAUGCUGAGACCAAUACUCCCAAUCCAGAGAUCUCCUUCAUGGCGCUGUUACCUGCGAUUUUGCUGCAAAUGUCGUGCAAGAUGACCGAGCUGAACGGCAGUCAAGAAGUCCACACUUUCAAUAUUUACGCUGACUCGGACAUUGCGCAGAGUCAGAAGCUUUUUGACCUUGUGCACCAGAUCCAAUCCAGGUUCUAUACAGUCCAGGAGAAGUGGCCGGAGCAUGCUGUCCCUGCAGAGGUCCUGUCAUUCUGCACCGAGGUCCUCCAUCUGGGCUUCGGAGAUCCGGUUGCCAAGCUCCUGACGAAGACAGAGAAGCUCUUUGAGAUUGUGUCGCAAUGGCAAAGCGUUGCCAGCAAAGAAUGGUCAGUUCAUGAACUUGUUGAGAAGCUCUCCUCCCAGAUAAUCAGCUGGCGGCGCCUGGAGCUGUUAUCAUGGUCGAGGCUACUGGACGAAGAGACACGCAGACACGAGCAAGCCGCCCAGGCAUGGUACUUUAUUGCCUACGAAGCAGUCAUCUACAACUCCAAGAACAUCAACUCUGAUAACGGUGAUUCAAUAAAUUACCGGACGACUCUUGUGCAAACGCUGGAGGAGUUUCUGAAGUCGACAACCCUGGGCCAGUACUCGUCACGGUUGAAACUGCUUGACACACUCAACAGGACCUUACAGGGACAACAAGGCCGCUCCCGAGAAUUGCGGACAAUCGCUGCUUCUGUACAAGCCGUCAUUGAGCACUACCAACGCUAUGAAGCUGGUGUAGAGGCCUCGAUACGGAAAGCUCGUUUGGAGCUCGAGAAGGCCUUGAAUGAGCAAAUCAAGCUUGCAAGCUGGAAAGACACCAACAUCACCGCGCUCCGCGAAAGUGCACGACGGUCACAUCACAAGUUGUUCAAAAUUGUGAGAACAUAUCGGAACUUGCUCAACCAGGCUGUCGUUCUCAGUUCUCCAGGAGAGGCAAUUGGGCAGAUACCUGUAGCGCCGCUUGUCACGGAGCUAAAUUGGCCUCAAAGCAGUGAAGAACGAGUCUUUGCGGCUGUUGAACAAUGCCGGCUACGGCUGCAAGACUGGGACGGGCGGCCUGACCGUCUCACCAAGCCUUUCGGAGCUGCCAGGAGCAUGCAGCACCUGUACACGUCCAAGACCACCGAUUUUGACGUUCAUGACGAGAUAAUGUCUUUCCGUCAAGAUCUGACGGAGAGCCUCAAAGAGUUACGUACGCAGACUCCCUCGUUGCUAACGGAGGAGAAUGCUCCGUUUGUCCGUCAUUUGCAAGAGAGGAAGAGACGGUUGCUCGCCGAUACCCUCAAAGCGGUUGCGCAUAUGGGCAUCAGGAGGAACCUCCCAACAUCUGAGCUCGAGAAACAAUCCUCGACCGCCUCGAUCUUGGCUUUGCCCAACCAUGUCGCAAUUCAACAACGUUCGCCAGCCGUGGCAGCUGCAGACAGCACAUUCCAUGAACUGCUCGAUGUCAUGUCCCAGGUUCGCGCGGCGCGGACAGAACACUCUGACGACCUAACCGAUGGCGAAGUCAACCGCUGUGUAGGAUUGUUGGAGGGGCUGUUAUCUGUCGCCAUCAGUCAAAGGCAGGCCAUUCCGCAGCAGGCGCACGACUUGGGUGUGAUUCGCUCACAGUUGGCGUUGGUCCAGUCCGUCGCGGCUGCAUCGCCGGAUGAGCUCGUAUGCUCGACAACCUCGAACGACAACAUUCAGGCGGUACAAGAACGUCUUGCAUGGCUGACUGAGAUUCUGGCGGUCGGAUGUCGCAUCUUGAUAUUCCAGGGAGAGCAUGCCAGUCUUGACCUGAGAGACCUAAUCACCACCCUCCAGUCUUAUGCGAGCCAGACCGAGGACCUGAAGAGAGCACUCGGUGACGUCCCUGACGCUCCACCGGGAAUGGGGUGGAAUAUUUCAACCAUCAUCCUUGACAAGACUGUGAUUGUUCUGUCUCAAUUGGAUUCAACUCUUCGAGACUGGCAAGCCAGGGAGCCCCGUAUCGAGUUUCUUCUCUCCAAGAUUCUCGUGUGGACAGUGGGAUUGCCACUAGUCCCGAACGUGGCUCAGAGCCUGCAGCCACAAAUCACACUUGAAGAGUUCGACCGGGAUCUCAAAGACACCAUGGAUCAGAUCUUCGUGGCUUUGCAGAGACUAUCUGCCGGACAGCCAGAUAUGCCCACGUCAGAGGAAGAUGCGGGCUGGUUAAUCAGAUCCGACAAGCACGUCGUGGAAGGAAUUCGAUUGCUACAAGUUGGCAGCCUCGCUUGUCGAAUUGAUCAACAUGUUAUGUGCAAGCUCCAAUUUCUGUCUCCUGCAGACCUCGAAGCGGGGAAGAACUUGCUGGUCAUCGCUAUGCCUAUUAUCACACAAUUCUACCACAUCUACGAAAAUUUCCACAAUCGCCAGACCGCGACUUACCUUGAAGUAUGUCGUCUCGCGUUACAACUAGCGAGAUCUUUUACGACACUCGUCAGCCAGGGGUUUUGUCGUCCAUCAGAUCCUGCUGAAGGACAAGAAGAGCAAUCUGGAAAACUCGAAUCUGGUACAGGGCUAGGUGAAGGAGAGGGGGCCGAGGACAUCAGCAAGGACGUGCAAGACGACGAAGAUCUGUCGGAGCUUGCGCGGGCGGGACAGAAGGAGGAGCGAGGCGAUGAGAUGGAGCAUGCAGAAGAUGCCGUGGACAUGGGAAAUGACGAUCUGGAGGGUGAGAUGGGUGAUAUGGAUGAGAAGGCUUCAGACGAUGCGAAUGGCGAGGAUCGAUCUGGAGACGAAGACGGGAACGAGGUCGAUGAAGAAGCGGGCUCUGUUGAUGACCUCGAUCCUGAUGCUGUCGAUGAGAAGAUGUGGGAUGACAUGAAGAACGAGUCCGAGAAGCAGGACAAGGAGAUGAAGAACGAUAAAGCAAAGGGAAAGAAAUCGGACGACAACACUGCUGCCGAUGGAGAGAACGCCGACGAUGGUGACCUAGAAGGAGAACAAGAAGAGGUGGAGGAAGGAGAUGAGGAGGGUGAAGGUGGGGAACGGCCUGAAGGCGAACAGAUGGAUGCGCAUGUGGACGAGGAAAAAGCCCUAGACCUGCCCGAAGAGCUCAACCUGGCUGGUGAAGACGAAAUGAAGGACGAUGAGAUUUCUGACGACGGCAUGGAUGAGCUGUCGGAUAUCGAGGAUUCGGCAGAGCAGACUGGUGGUGCUGAGGCCGAUGGAGCCGAAGACAGCGAAAAGCAAGAUCAGCCAUGGGAUGACGCGGCUGACAAAGACGAGAUCGCCGCCGAAGAGACCGACGGCGACAAUGCCGUUGCUCAUGACGACGAGAUCAUGGAGGAUCAGCCCGAAGAACUGGAAGACGACCCAGACGACCAAGAUACUCGUCAAGACGACACGGCGCACGACGCUGAAGAGAACGCUGGUGGAGAGUCCGGAACUGCCAACGAGCUGCGAGAUGACCUUGAUGCAGAGCAGGACGCUGAAGGGAUGAAUCAAGCCGACAAGGAUCCAAACCCUGAGCAGUCCCAGCCGGGCAAAGCACCCAACAAUGGGGAAGAGGGCAAGAGUGGAGAAGGAGUCGUCGAGCGUGGUGAAGGACGGGUCGAGUCGCUUGAUCAUCAGCAGAACGAAUCACUGAAGAAGUUGGCUGAUGUCCUUGAGCAGUGGCAUCAACGACGUGAGAUUCUGCCAAGGUCCAAACGUGAUAAUCAAGAGAUACAGAGUGAGAACGUGGAUAUGGCAGAUGCAGAUUUGGAGCAUGUCCAGGAGGAAGAUGAAGGGGAUGCACAAGCCUUGGGAGCUGCGGGACCCGAGCAAGCGCAGAAUCUCGACCAAAGCAAGGCCAUCCAGGACGAUGACGCUGAAAUGGACGAGAAUACGGCACCACCCGACGUUAUGGAACCAGAAGCAAAGGAGGACAUCACGGAGAGAUUCUCUCGUCUCAAGGCUCAGGCUAAACCAGCCGAGAGCAGAGAUAUCGGUGCUUUUGUUCCUGACCGCCAGCUCCAACAGCCAGAGGACGCGGAUCGACAUGAUGGCACAGAUGUUGCGUCGGAUGAUCUCUCUCCUGAGAUUGAACACCUAGAGCUUAGCAACGACCCAGCAGACGCGACCAAUCAACCGACCAGCAGCACGCACGCUGCUCAACUUUGGCACGAAUGCUCGACGAGCACACAUCAGUUCUCGCUCAUCCUCACCGAGCAACUCCGCCUCAUCCUCUCCCCGACCACGGCGACCAAACUUCGCGGCGACUACCGCACCGGCAAGAGACUCAACAUCAAGCGUAUCAUCCCCUACAUCGCAUCCAACUACAAGCGAGACAAGAUCUGGAUGCGCCGCUCCGUGCCGAGCAAGCGGAACUACCAAAUCAUGAUCGCCGUGGAUGACAGCAAGUCGAUGAGCGAGUCCGGCGCGGACGUCCUCGCGUUUGAGACGGUCGCACUGCUGACAAAGUCCCUCGCCAUGCUGGAAGUCGGCGAGAUCUGCGUCGUCGGAUUCGGCGACUCCCCCAAAAUCACAGUCGCUCACCCGUUCGGCGUCCCCUUUUCGCCAGCCGAGUCGGGACCCAACACCUUUCAAGCAUUCAGCUUCGGCCAACGAGGCACGGACGUCAAGAGUCUCCUCAAGCAGAGCAUCCAGCUCUUCCGCGAUGCCAGAAGACAACAACAACACCAAGCAAGGGGAAACGAGGAGCAAUGGCAGCUGCAACUCAUUGUGAGUGACGGCCAUAUCUCCGACCACGACGCGGUCGCCCGGCUGUUGCGACAAGCCCACGACGACGAGCGCAUUGUCGUGGUUUUUGUCAUCGUCGAUGCCGGACAGGAGAGUAUUCUGGACCUCAAGGAGGCUGCGUACGAGCGGGAUCCGAGCGCUGCAACAGACGGGAGUGCAGUGGGGAACGAGAUGAAGCUUCGCAUGAAGAGAUACCUUGACGGGUUCCCAUUUCCGUAUUACCUUGUGGUUAGGGAGGUGAGGGACUUGCCCAGCGUGCUGGCUACGGCGUUGAAGGGCUGGUUCGGGAGUGUGGUUGAUGUUCAGUGA